AUGCCAUUCCUUAAAAGAUGUCCAACAAAUCAGCCACCGUCAACAUUGUUGGAUGCAAAGUCACAGAAAUGUGGACUGCGGUGCACAGUUUUCUCAGGCAAUGGAGAUGAAUACAAAGGAGAGUGGCUGAACAACAAGAAGCAUGGGAAGGGAACUCAGAUUUCGAAGAAGUCUGGGACCAUGUAUAUUGGAGAAUGGACAUUUGGGAAACCCUAUGGAUAUGGUACCCUCAGUGUGCUGCUUCCAGAAACAAAAGAGAAUACAACGAAGUACUGUGGUGGAUGGAAAAAUGGAAAGAAGCAUGGGUACGGGAUGCACUUCUACAAAGGCUCAGCUGUUUAUGAGGGGGAGUGGAGCGAGGGCCAUCGAAGUGGCUGGGGAAAGAUGUGGUAUGAGAGUGGAGAUAUCUAUGAGGGAGAGUGGAUGAAGGAUAAGAAUCAUGGACAGGGCACCAUCCUAUUUGCAAAUGGAAAUUGGUUUGAAGGCACCUGGCGGGAUGGCAAGAAGAACGGUAAUGGAAAGUUCUACUAUUCUGACAAAGGCCAGAUUUAUGAAGGCCUUUGGUUGGAUGGAGUGGCAAAGUGUGGGACCCUGUCUGAUUUUAGGAGGAAUGAAGCACCGGCACCGACACAGUAUCCGAUUCCUCAGCUACAACUGGUGGACAUGCAGUUGGUUUUAAGUGAAGCCAAGAUAGCCUACCUUGAGAGGAUCAACAGCAAGUUUCCACUCCAUGACACACUCACAGGGAAAGAAUAAAAAAAGAAAAUAAACGGCAUGAUGGUAUUCAGCUCCAGUUUUGUCAAAAUAUUUACAACCAAAUAGUUUGUUCUUGUUUGUAGGGCAAACCAAAACCAUUUAUUCAAUGAGUUGAAAACAAUAGUGAUAUAAUUAAACAUAUUAAUCAAUACUACCAACACAGAGGAUUAAAUUCAAUACUAGUAUACGUGGAAAAUCCAAAUGACAUAUCCAAUUAAUUUGUCUUGUAAGGGCUGAUCAAGUAUUAGCCAUUAAUGUAUACAGACUGUUAACUCAGAUUGAUCAGUUUUAUAAAUUAUUGAGCAUGCUGAAAACAACAAGCUAACUCAGGAUAUGUGAGGAAAGUGGUGCUCAAAAUGAAUCAAUCCAGCCUCAGGGUGAUAAACUGUUAUGUAUCUUUAUGAAUCUUUACACUUUUCUAUGUAUGACUUACUUUAGCAUGUGUCAAUAAUAACAAGUAAAUUACAUCGAUAACAUAAUAGAUCAAAUGAUUUCAAAUAGUACAUCCAAGUUAUUUGUGA